CCCAUUUUUCUGAGGGUCGCUUUCUAAGAGCGUUCAAGAAUCGAGCUCGGUUGAGUACGUGCUGCCAACUUGACUGUUCGUAGCAAAACGCCAAUGCCCACAUGAAGUUGCUCCACAAUCUCUGAUUCAUCUCCGCCAUGUCUGCGUUGGAUUUUUACAUUGCUUGCAUUCUUGGAGGCUCCCUGAGCUCUGGACUCACUCAUGCGGGAGUCACCCCUCUUGAUGUCAUCAAAUGCAAUAUGCAGGCAAACCCAUCAAGGCAUGUGAGCAUGGGACAUACCUUACAGAAGGUGUUGAGCAAAUAUGGAGCAGGUGCCCUCUUCAAGGGUUGGGUGCCCACUCUGCUUGGGUAUAGCGUUCAAGGUGCUGUGAAAUAUGGGUUGUAUGAGUUUUUCAAGGUGGGGUGUGCAGGAAUGGCUGGGAAUCAUGAGGGGCGCAAGGCGCUUGUCUUCAUGGUUGGUUCUGCUUGGUCUGAGCUCAUAUCAGAUGUGUUUCUGUGCCCCUUUGAGGCAGUUAAAGUAAGGGUUCAGACCCAUCCAAGCUUCGGUAUUACCUUCCCACAAGCAGCCCUUGAGAUUGUCAGAAGUCAAGGCUUCAAGGGACUAUAUAGUGGACUUUUACCUUUAUGGGGAAGGCAGAUACCAUACUCGGUGGUGAAGUUUGCAUGCUUUGAGAAGACACUAGAAGGGAUUUACAAAUACGUUUUGUGUACACCAAAGGAGGAGUGUCCAAAGGGGGUGCAGUUGGGGGUAAGCUUCUUGGCAGGCUAUGUUUCAGGGGUAGCCUGCGCCUUGGUCUCACACCCUGCUGAUAAUCUGGUAUCCUUGAUGAACAACUGUGACGGCGACAGCGUCUGUCUUGCAUUGCAGAAGAUGGGCCUGGUUUCACUCUGCACAAAAGGCUUGUGGCUCAGAAUUCUUAUGGUGGGGACUAUGAGCGGGGCACAGUGGGGCAUAUAUGACGCUUUCAAGGUCAUGAGUGGGCAGGACUCCUUGGGCAUGCCUUCAUCUGAAGGAAGGAAGUCGAGAAGAGCAUUGUCCGACGUUUCGGCCUAUACAGCUUGCCAUGCUUAAUGUCUUCCAUUUGAUUUUCCUUUUUACUUCCCCCCUUUCUCAAGCCCCUUCCACUGGGUGGGCAUAUAAUUUUAGCUGCUUUGGUUUCUUAUUUACAUGAGUCAUGUAAAUUGGUACUGUAAUUGUAAAGAUGAAACUUGAGAUGUCCAUGAAGUCCCACCAUGGCUCCAUCUUAGUAGGGAGCGUCAAGCCGUUGCCGAUUUCUAAACCCA